UCUUUGACAAAAUAAUCAAAAGUGAGCAGCAUGUUUCUGAAAACACAAAAUUAAAAAAAAAAAAAAUAGUAACAUUUGGAUAGAUGCUAAAUCUAAGUUUCGCCGUAGAGAGAUUAACAAUUCUAUUAAUGAUUAUACGGAAAAAGGGGCAUAGCCAAUUUCAGUUAAAAACCUUUGAACGUUUCAAAUUCCAGUUGUGAUUGACAGCAUUUUUCGAUACUGCGUUUAAUAAGUAUGUGCGAACACUCUGCAACCACAAGCCAUAUUAGAUUUAACAUUCAGUUGCUGGCGGACAAGAGUGUCGUCCUAGUGGAAGCACGUGGCUAUGAGUCUGAAAUAUUUGUGCCCGUACUGCAGCAUGGUCGAUUGUGUUUAACGAAUGUUAUAUGCAGCCGGCAGCCCAGGGUUCGGGCUAGUGAAUUAAGUUUCCAUUCUCCCACAUCGUUGCACCGAUGCCAGCGUCAGGCGAACCGCAAGCUGACCACAGCAACGGCGGGCUUAGCGCCAAAGAAGCUGCCCUCAGUCAGCAUUGCGCGAGCCGGUGACGUCUCCAAGCUACGCUUCGAAUUAAAGCUCAUUUCGAACGGAAACGUGGUGCUUGUGGAAUGUAAUGGCUACGAAUCUGAGAUAUUUCUGCCUCAAAUUUCUAGUCAUUGCGUUGCCAUGAAGCGCGUCUCCGCUGGCGAGUUGGCGCAAUGUGUAUCUCGGAAACCGAAAAAGGAGCGGACUUCUACCAAAAAUACAGCCGCCUUUAUGGCCGCUACAUUGGCCACCCAGGCUGUUGGUCUAUCCAAGCUUCUGGUAAAUCCACUUCAUCUUUUUUAUAAAGAAGAAAAAGAACAAAAAGAGCAAAAAGAACAUAAGGGAAGUCAGGAGGGAAAAUCUCAAAAAGCGCACAAAGAACCGAUGGAACAGAAAGAAAAGUUGAGCCCGGUUAAGCAGAAGAAGAGGCAUGUCAAGCACAAUUCCAAAGAAGCUGGUGACGCGUAAUUCAAAUAAAGGUCAAUCACUCGCUCCGCCCUUUUUCUAGACUCAAUUCGAAUCAUAUUGUGCUCAGAUAUAACCAGGCGUUAAACUUCAAUAUUUAAAUAUUGAAAUGUUAAUGUAUAUACUAUAUAACUUUGAUUUUUCUUUCUGUCCAGUAAUGUGAAAUUCCAAAAUAAAGUUUGUAAGGAGAAUAAAUUUGGCGAAAAAGUCA